CAAUCUUUAUCACCUGAAAUAUUCUUUUCCUUCUCAUUUCUGUUCCAUUUUAGCCACAAUCACACACACAAAACACUCAUAAAUCAGUCAAAAUCAUCACUUCAAUUUAACUUAUUUUUUUCUUUCUUCUUCCAAGAAAAUUUUUUUAGCCAUCCAUGGCUUCAAUUUCACCUCCAACACCUCACAAACUUUCCUUCACAACCCACAAAUUCCUCCCCACUAGAAAAAGACCAUUCUACCCUCCUCCUCCUUUCCGAUCAUCUCUCUGCCGCUGCUGCUCUAGCUCCUCCGAGCAGUGGCCAUGGCAGGGUGUAAUUGGAAGUGCAAUGAAAAAGAUUGAAUCUUUCUUCAAUAAUUCAGAUGAUUAUAAGAGUAAGAACAAAAAUAAAGAUGAGGGUAGGAUUGGAAAUGAUGGGAAUGUUAGGAAUGGGAAAAGUGAAGAAGAAGAAGAUUGGGAUUGGGAUAGAUGGAAAAGACAUUUUGAUGAAAUGGAUGAGCAAGAACGUAUCUUAACUGUUUUGAAGUCACAAUUGAGUCGUGCUGUGAAUAGAGAGGAUUAUGGGGAUGCUGCUACUCUCAAGGUGGCAAUUGCAGCUGCUGCUACAAAUGAUGCAGUUGGCAGAGUGAUGUCACAGCUGAAUGGAGCAGUAGCAGAAGAGCGCUACCAGGAUGCAGCUUUGUUGCGAGAUACUGCCGGUGCUGGACUGGUGGGAUGGUGGUCUGGCAUAUCAGAAGAUGUACAUGAUCCUUAUGGUUUGAUAAUACGUAUAACUGCAGAGCAUGGAAGAUAUGUGGCAAGGAGUUAUAGUCCUAGACAGCUUUCUACAGCUGCAGUUGGUGUUCCUGUGUUUGAGAUCUUUCUUACCAAGAACAAGAAAGGGGACUUCAAGCAGCAGGCUGUGUAUUUGAAAAGAAAAGGACUGUUUCAAGACCCUUCAACAGUAUCGUCUAAAACAUUGGGUGCAAGCAACCGCAUUAAUCCAUCCGGGACAACUGAAGAAAAAAAAGAUCUAUUUGUGGUUAGUACUGAAGAAACUGAAGAAGACGAUGAUGAUACAGAAGAUGGUUCUGAUUUUGCUGAGGGGGUGCCUGGGUUUCAAAAUAUUUUGCAGGAUAUGAUUCCUGGUGUAAAGGUCAAGGUUUUGAAAGUUACAACUUCUGCAAAGGUAGACAAGGAUUUUUUAUCUAAGGUUAUAGAACAGAUAAUGGAUGAAGAAGAUGAAGAGGAGGAUGCUGAAUUAGAAAGUGUAGACGCAGAAGAUGAAAGUAGUGGUGAAAGUGACCAAGAAAGAGAUGAGAUCGAAAUGGAUGCUGUUCAUGGAAUCAUAGAGGAUGAUAAGCCAAGUGAAAUUUCAGUUAAAGUUGUUGUUGGAGGUCUUCCUCAGAAAUUUUCAGGAAAUGUCCUUUCAAAGAAGUCACUUAGAGUACCUGCUAAGCUAGAGAAAAAGGGACGGAGUUCAUUUUUGUUUUCCAUUGAGAAAGAUGUCAAUAAACAGGAUUCUGAUGCCAAGGAAGCAGCCUCGGCGGGUAGACAAGCCAAGUUGCAAGGUCUGCGUAGUGCAGACAGCAUUAUGGUAGAUCUUGCUAAGUUCAUUGGCCAGGAGAAGAUACCCAUGAAAGUACUCAAAGAUGUUGGCAACUUGAUAAAUUUUACCCUCAGUCAGGCUCAAAACCGGCAACCACUUUCUGGAUCAACAACUUUCCAUCGGAUUGAAACAUCAGCGUCGCCAGAUCCUCUGAAUGGACUGUAUAUUGGAGCACAUGGGUUGUACUCCUCAGAAGUUAUACACCUGCAACGUAAAUUUGGUCAGUGGCAAGAUAAUCGUGGGACCAAGGAACCAUCUAAUCUAGAAUUUUACGAAUAUGUUGAAGCUGUCAAAUUAACUGGAGAUCCAUAUGUACCUGCUGGACAGGUGGCCUUUCGUGCUAAGGUUGGAAAAAGAUAUCAGCUACCUCAUAAAGGCAUCAUUCCUGAAGAAUUUGGAGUGAUUGCUCGGUACAGAGGACAAGGAAGGCUGGCUGAGCCUGGCUAUCAAAAUCCUCGAUGGGUUGAUGGGGAACUUGUUGUUCUUGAUGGAAAGUACAUCAAAGGGGGCCCUGUUGUCGGGUUUGUGUAUUGGGCUCCUGAAUAUCACUUUUUGGUAUUCUUCAAUCGUCUAAGGCUGCAAAAAUAGAUAGCUAUGUACAUAUGUUCAGAUUGGUUAUUCUCUCUUUGUAUUUGGUGAGUGUGAAACACAAAGACUAUUUCUUUCCAGCCUGCUCUUUAACUUCUCCGGCAAUGUACUUCUUGUAGUACGCCGGCAAGUCUAAUCCAAUCCGACUACCUAACUGUUGAAUAUGUAAGCUUAUUAACAUAAUGAAGUUAACCAAAGAAGCUUGGAGAUGCAGUAUGUACUCGGUCGUCGCUGCAUAUCUUUUAGCAGUCUUUCCCUGCGACGUGCUAAAUUUUGCAAUCUCGUCUUUUGAUUUUUGAAAAUGCAGCCAUGAUACAGCAGAAGGUUCGUUCGUAGCUUCAAUAAUAAUUGUUUUUCAGAAUCAGAAGUAAUAUGCUUGCCCUAUAGGCUAUAAUAAUCGACAUAUGUGGCUAGGCAAGUGCAAUCUAUCUGAUGUAAAGGCUAGUGUAGUUUAUUAGUAUGAUCAAACUGUUUUCUGAGAGCAGUAAUAGAAUGAGCUUGGUUACUGUCAGAUGUUGUACUUUGUAAUUAUUUGAUUUGUUUCAUUACAAGAAUUAAAUGCAGCUUUAUCUAUGUUAUUUUGCAAA